UCGCUCUUGUUUACUGAGUUCAGUGGACUAAGAGACCAUGGAGCGAACUACGUUGGUAGAGUUAGUUUUCCUCAACCGAAACAAAUGUAACGUUAUAUGGUUUAGCGUUAGUUACGUUACUGCUAGCUAAUGUUGCAGUCCGACAUGUUUGAGCUAAGCUUGUUUACGGUUAGUCAGAGAUUUUGGACGGUUGGUUGAGAAUGAGCCGUCACCUGAGCUUGAUCAUUAAUGCCCCUAAAAUAAUCCGGACCAUGUGGAAGGCCGUGUUCCCUCUUAAAUUAGAAACCACACCUAUUCUGCUGUGCAUCUCGUCUUUCCAGGGGGACAGCAAUUGCAAUGGGACGCACAGCAACAAAAAAGCGUUACUGUCAGAUCCUCAGCUGUUUGAAGCCCAGUUUGAUGAGCUGGUGACGGAGCUUUCAGAGAGGGACUUCGCCGACCCUGCGCUGGCUGAUGCUCUGGCCAGGUUGAGAGAGGUUUUGGUGUACAUCCCUGGAGGAACAGGACGCGGAAAAAUCUGCACGCGGGCUCUGUUGGUUGGCUGGUGCAUUGAGUUGCUUCAGGCCUUUUUCCUGGUGGCAGAUGAUAUCAUGGAUGGAUCUGUGACCCGGAGAGGACAGCCCUGCUGGUACAAAAAGGAUGGCAUAGGUCUGGAUGCGAUCAACGAUUCAUUUCUCUUAGAAGGGUCAAUCUACAGACUGCUUCGGAGACAUUGCAGGGAUCAGCCCUAUUACGUUCGCCUACUAGAGCUAUUUACUGAGGUAACUUUCCAAACAGAGCUUGGCCAAGCUCUGGACCUCAUGACGGCUCCCCCUGGUCAGGUUGACCUCAACAGAUUCACCAUUGAGAGAUACAAAGCUAUUGUGAAAUACAAGACGGCCUUUUACUCUUUUUAUCUCCCAGUGGCAGCUGCAAUGUACAUUGCAGGGAUUGAGAGUGAAGUGGAACACAAUAAUGCCAAAAACAUCUUACUGGAGAUGGGAGAGUUCUUUCAAAUACAGGAUGACUACUUAGACUGUUAUGGAGACCCUGCUGUGACAGGAAAGAUUGGUACAGACAUCCAAGAUAACAAAUGCAGCUGGCUGGUGGUGACGGCCCUGGAAACCAUGACCCCUGAACAGCGAGCAGAGCUGGAGGGAUGUUACGGGCGCCACGAUGAUGCCUGUGUGGAAAAGGUCAAAGCACUGUACAACACCCUGCAAAUGCCAACACUGUACCACAAAUAUGAGGAAGAGAGCUACAAGCGGCUACAGAAACUCAUCGCUUUACACGCUCAAAACCUUCCGCACUCAGUCUUCCUCAACUUCGCCGAGAAAAUCUACAAGAGGAUCAAGUGAGAGGGAAAGGUGGUCAUAAACCGCGUCAGGUGCAUCAUUGGGUUCCCUUUUGACUUUUAUCAUGCUGCACAGAUCAACUCCUUUUGUUUCUCCACUGCCAACAUCAUGAUCUGAACAGCACAUAGAAAUCAGUUUCUUAACUUAACUUGGUUUGUGGAUGUUUGGUUGUGAAUGUCAUCAAACAGCCUUCCUCUUUUGCUCCAUAAUACCUAUUUAUUGAACCCAGUACAUAAUGUAGAGUGUCUUCAGGUGUUUCUCCCCAGAAGAAUCCCAUGGAUAAAAGGAAGACACUGAAAUGAAUCGCACAUCGUCUAGCAGCAGGAUGAAGAUAGAUAAUCGUAGCAGUUAUUAUGGUGUAGGAAAAUAUAAAGUCUGUACUGGCCUGAAUGUUAUUGCUUUUAAUAAAUAAUGUAUAAACAGUG